UUCUAUCACCCGAUAUAUCGUCCCCUCAGUGUUGUACCGCAGUCACCCGAAAUCAUCAAUACCAUGUUUCACCUUUAUACCCGCAGAAACAAGAAUAGACCCGUUUUUCUCUCCGUUAAACGGGGCCGAAGCAUUAAGAAGACAACGUUCAAUCCAUCUGCAUUAACGAGGAUGAUUAUUCACGGUGUCAAUGACAAUCAAUAUAUCAAUUCUUGGUUCCAGAGGCUGAAGGACGCGAUUCUGGAAAGAGCAGACGAAAAUGUCAUCAUUGUGGAUUGGAGCGGAUCCAAUAGAUUUCCUUACACAAUUGCUGUGGCUAAUACAAGAGUAGUUGGCGCAGUCAUUGCACAAUUCAUCAAUUACUUAUAUAAAACUGUUGGGGCUUCUCCUGAGAGUUUCCACCUGCUUGGGCACAGUCUUGGGUCACACGUGGCAGGCUAUGCUGGUGAGAGACUUCACAAGCUUGGGAGGAUCACAGGUCUUGACCCCGCUGGACCUUUUUAUCGCCGAGUUCCUGACAACGUUCGUCUUGACCCGAGUGAUGCUGUGCUGGUUGAUGUUAUCCACUCAGAUCCGGGCGAAACUAUUCUUGAAGGUUUUGGGACAGCAGAAGAUGCAGGAGAUUUAGAUUUUUACCCAGCAGGUGGAGAUCCUCCUGGUUGUGAUAAGACGUUAGCAAGAUCUAUUGUGGAAGACCGUCCUACUGAAGAGCGACCUGCAAACAUUCGACAGGUAUCAUGA